UUAUGACUUUGGACUGUUUGUCUCUUAUACUUCGCCGUAGAAAAGACGUGUAAACACAGAAGAUUGCAAAACUGUUCCAGAAUUCCACCAGUUCAACUCUUUGAGGGUCGGGAAUCUCGUUUUCGCUACAUUGUCUUUUGUUGAUUAGCCAAACAUGGUUGUUGGAGGCGCAUGACACAGAGCCUUCCCUUGAUAGAAAAGCUUGAAAUCUAGCUCAGACUGCUAAAAAGACAGACGUCAGACGUUGAUCACCUCAUUCACUUGACAGGAGCUUCUCGUCUAACGUUAGCGGGCAUGGAGGAAGCCAAUCAAAAUGCCUUUGACAGAGCGAGGCUGCAGGUGAUCAAAGAUGGCUAUGAGAAGGCCUUUGAGUGCAUCAACAGAGGCCUGACAGAGGAUGAAGCUGGCCACAAGGCCCAGGCCCUGGCCCAGUACACACAGGGUCGCCAGCACCUCCUCAGGGCCAUCAGCGUGCCCUCACAGGGGGACGAGUGUUUUGGCAGCUCCUGGGAGUCAGCCCGCCAGAUGCAGCUCAAGAUGCAGGAGACUCUGAACAACAUCACCACUCGAUUGGCGGCCCUAGAGACCAGCCCAGACCCUGAGUUCCCACCACCUCUACAUGCCUCUAUUGGAGUCCCAGGGACAGCCUCUAACUCAAACCUCUACCCCAAACUGGAGAAGGAGAAACCAGAGCGGCCUUCUCCACCCAAGCUGCUGAUGACUAACCGCCAGGGUGGAGCUGUGGGCGGCAGUGUGUUUCCCUCCUUGCCUCUUUCUCCCACUAGACAGUCUGUGGUGCCUGGCGAGCUGCCCCCAGCCUACUCUUCCCAAGCGGCUGACGGCCACCUGACUAUCUCCUACGGGACAGAGUCUGGAGAAAUGUCGCUGAUGGGAGAGGAGUUCUACAGCCACAUGUCCCCCUCUCACCCCUCUCCUCAGAGCCUGGGGGAGGAUGGAGAGGAACUCUUCUUCCUGCCUCACGGGGUGCAGAUAUUCUUUGUCACACCUGACGGCCAGGUCAGCGCUCCCUCCUACCCAGGGUACCUGCGGAUGGUCAAGUUCACCAGCCAGCAGUCAGAGAGUGUGCCCAACCGGCCCCCAGCCUUCCUGCAGGUGUGUGAUUGGCUGUACCCUCUGAUGGCCACUGACUCCCCCGUCCUGCUGUGUAACACAGGGGUGUUCAUGUUCCCGGACAUGAUGGCGUCCGCCCCGGGGUCCUACGUGGGCGUUGUGCUGUCCUCUGAACUGCCUAUAGAAGACAGACAGCUGUUCCAGGACCUGCUGUCCCAGAUGACAGACCUCAGGGUGCAGGCUCCAAAUGAGGCAGCAGACAGCAUCAACCUGAGCCAGAAGGUGUCCAUCGCUCCCCUCGAGGAAGAGGAGGCCCCAGCAGCAGAGGAGGAGGAUGAGAAGAACCUGCCAGAGUGGAGCGAGAAAGUGGCCAGCGGCAUCCUCACAGGGGCAUCGUGGCUGAGCUGGGGCCUGGUGAAGGGGGCUGAGUUCACUGGCAUAGCCAUCCAGAAGGGCGCGUCCAAACUGCGGGAGCACAUCACCCCCGAGGACAAGCCAGCCCACGUCAGCCCCUCUGUCUCCAAGGGAUUGCAUGUAGCCAAACAGGCCACCGGGGGCGCUGUCCGCGUCAGCCAGUUCCUUGUGGACGGUGUGUGUAUGGUGGCAGGGUGUGUGGGUAGAGAGAUAGCUCCCCACGUGAAGAAACAUGGAGGCAAGUUGGUUCCGGAGUCCAUGAAGAAAGACAAAGAUGGACGAUCUAACAUUGAUGGAGCCAUGGUGGUGGCUGCCAGCGGAGUUCAAGGCUUCGCUACCAUGUGGACUGGCUUGGAAGUAGCAGCAAAGAACAUCACUGUCUCCGUUGCCUCAGAAACCGUCAACACUGUCAAGCAUAAGUAUGGGGCGGCAGCCGGCCAGGCCACAGACCAUGCUGUGAACUCAGCCAUUAACAUGGGCGUCACCGCCUUCAACAUUGACAACCUGGGCAUUAAAGCUGCGGUGAAGAAGACUGGCAAACAGACGGCCGUGGCCAUCCUGGAGGACUACCAGCUACGGGACCCUAAUACUAACCAGAAACAAGUAGAGAAACGGGACAAAUAGGCUCCAUCCGGGAACAAGUCUACGUCCCAAGUGGCACCCUAUUCCAUAUUGUCACUACUUUUGACCAGACAAAAUAUAGAGAAUAGGGUGCAAUUUGGGACAGUCAACCCCUAACCCAUGACACUUACCAUAGCCCUUACCCACAGAGCACUGGUGUAGAUAUAAGAGGACUGGAUAGGUGUGAGCAAAAUGUCAACUUCUACCUGCUUAGUCUGUCAUAGGGAAAGGCUGAGGUACUACCAUAUUGAUUAAACAUAUCCUAUUCUUUCAGAUCUACCCAAGUGCCUAGAGAGUAGAGGAUAGGUUUGCUUCCAAAAUGGCACCCUAUUCCCGAUUUAUAGUGCACUACAAAGGGAAUUAUGUGCCAUUUGGGACGCACACCAUGUCCUCUUCCUCUUUCCUUUUGAGCUUUAAUUAAAACAUGAUUUGUAUUCUUCUAUAAAGACAUCUAUCUAUACAUAAAUGCUUUAGUUGACUAAUAGCCUCUAGAAAUGUUACUAGGGUUUGAUACAACUGUUUUUUUUUUUUUUUUUUUUUUUUUUUUUACCUUUAUUUAACUAGGCAAGUCAGUUAAGAACAAAUUCUUAUUUUCAAUGACGGCCUAGGAACAGUGGGUUAACUGCCUGUUCAGGGGCAGAACGACAGAUUUGUACCUUGUCAGCUCGGGGAUUUGAACUUGCAACCUUCCGGUUACCUUACUAGUCCAACACUCUAACCACUAGGCUACGCUGCCGCCCCAUUAAAGUGUUAAGCACUUUAAUCUUCAUAAUGAAUGGUAUAAUGACAUUAUAAUAAUGUCAAAUAUUAUAAUAACUAAGAUGGACGUUGUAUGUAGGUAGGCUGAUGUAUAAUCGCUCAGUUAUUUGUGUUCAAUGUUGGUGAGAAGAGGACACCGGAAUUUAAAAAGUCACGUAGGUGAUAUAAAUAUAAACUGAAAGCAGGAUUCUUGUUUAAAUUUCAGAUGGAACUGUUUGUUUCAAGACUACUGCUGUUGACCUAUUGUAGUAACAGUUAUAUUACUGCAGUAGUACUGUAGUAACACUGUCCACAGUUCAAUGUAUCUGGAAGUAAAGGUGUAACUGAGGUAGAGUUGCACAAUUCUGCUGACUGUCCCAAAAUCCCCAGCUUUUCCAGAAAUUCGGGUUGGAGGAAUCUGGAUGUUCUGCUUAUCCCCACCUAGUCUCUUUCCCCACCCGUAACCCGAGGUCAGUAUUGGGUUCUGGGUUUCAAGAUUAAUUCACUCCUGAUUCCUGGAAGUUCCAACCAGGAUUUCUGGAAAACCUGGGAAUUUUGCAAAAGUUGCUAGAAAUGUGCAACCCUUAUCUGAAAGUCAAGGUGUAUGGGGGGGAAGAAACCCAGCAGCAUGCUGACUAUAAGAAUACAUGUUUGGGUUCAUUUAAUCAAUGAAAUAAUGUUAAUGUGUGAAACAAGACGAAACCCAAGCAUGCACAGGAAUAGUUAAAUAGCUGUUGAGGGUACUAUAUAAGAUGGAACAUGGGUCUCUAAGGUAUACUCUUGUCAUGACUUUGUAAUGCAGAGGAAAGAGUCAAUCCAAAUGUAGAAGCAGUGGAGGGUUGAACUGGUUUUAGAAUGGUCCAUGGUUUGCUUAGUAUGCCUUAAUAACCAGUUACUAUAGGCUGUAUGCUACUGUAACCAUAGGCCAAUACUGCCACCUUACAGUAGUGUGGGCUUGCUAUCUGUAUCGUCCUGUGGUCCAUUUCAUUAUCUUUGAGAAGCUAUAACCUAUCCUUUCAACUUGGUAUCUGAUUAUUACUUUUUAAAGCUGUGAUAUUAAUUUUCUAUGAAAGGACAAACAUUUUUUUUUUUUUUCAUGUGAUGUAAAGAUAAUUAUAUUAAAUUCCAUAACAUUUGGACAAUUGUUUUUAACUAUGACAUCUGAAACAAAUAAUUAUGGAAAAAUUACAGAUAUAAAUACAUUAACAGUUUCUGCACAAUUUGAGUGUGUGUUUAUGAUUAGUGUUGCCGUAUAUGUGUUAUGUUGUCAACAUACUGUAUUUAACUUGUAAUGCUGUCUACCAUUCAUUAUUUACCUUGGGCUGAUGUUUAUUCAAUGGGAAUUGUCUUUAGUAAUAUAUCUGUGUUAAGUGAAGGCAGACUGUCUUUUUGUGUGAACUUGAAAUCUCAUGCAGACAUUAAAUACACAUCAGCAUUCUCACAAAGUGGUUGUGAUUCUCCAAAUAAUGACUCUGUGCUUCUGUGGCCCUAUGUGAACAAAUAGUCACAUGGCCUGAUGAUUAACCAAAUAUCUGAUAUGUAAUAAAAAGCUAUACAAGAA